AUGUCUGGCACAGAUGAAAACGAUGGGGAUGUUGCUCUUCAGAAGAAAAUGGAAUCAGAUAAACUUCCUCCAAUCCCUGAGGGUAUGUCGAAGAGUCAGUGGAAGAAGAAAUGGAAGAAGAUAAGAUUCGAAAAUAAUAAAGAAAAACAUGCAGAAGUACGUCGUGAAAAACGUAAGAGAGCUCGGGAGACAAGACGUACUUUACUCGAGUCUUACAAGGAACGUGGGGAGCCUAUUCCACAGGAACUCGUCAGAGAACCCAGGGUCAAUGUCAAUCAAAAGGACUCUGGGAUUAAGCUUCUCAUAGACUGUGCUUUUGACGACUUAAUGAACGAUAAAGAAAUUGUCAGUCUGUCUAAUCAACUGACAAGGGCCUAUGCGUCGAAUAAACGGUCGAAUCACUUUGCUGAUGUGAAAGUCACUAGUUUCAAUAAGAGACUUCAGGAAAGGUUCUCUGUUGGGUUGAAAGAUACCAACUACGAAAAUUGGAAAAAUUUUGUGUUCCUCGAUAAUGAAGAAUUGAUUACUGAACCAACAGAUAAGUUGAAAAUGGUCUACCUCACAGCUGAUACGGAUGAAAACUUGCAAACCUUAGAACCUGGAAUGACUUACAUUGUCGGUGGUAUAGUGGAUAAGAAUAGGCACAAGCUACUUUGUUACAACAAGGCCAAAGAACUCGGUAUUGCAACCAAGAGAUUACCAUUGGACGAAUUCAUCAAGAUUGAUGGAAGAAGAGUCCUCACAACCACUCACGUCGUAGAUAUCAUGCUGAAAUAUUUUGAUACUCACGACUGGAGAAAGGCUUUUGAAACUGUCCUACCACCAAGAAAGAUCGAUAUUGCCAAAAUGGACAUGACUGUAGUCGACAGUGACGACGAGGACGAAGAGGAAGUUUCCAACAACGCUGAAUCAAAGAAAAGCGACGACAAUAUAUAA